UGUAAAUUUAAGUUCUCAUUUCUCGGGCAACACAGCCAAAAGUUUUGAAACCAUUUGUGGGGAAGAAAGAUAUAUGAUGUCCAUAGCUGAAGGAGAGGCAAGUAAGAGCUUUUAUUUUUCUCUCUCUUAGCUUUUUAGAUGUGAUUAUGUGGAGAGCCAUACAGAGAAGUAACGUUUACGGUGAGGUGACCGGUCUGCGCCUGUUCUAGGCAGCUCUGCUUGUCCAGAGUGACUCUUCUCGGUUAGAUGCCUGAGGAGGGAGGAGCCUAGUGACUAUAUUCUGAGUAAUGGAGGGCAAUGAGGACAGUGAUGCAAAGCUCAGAGAAGAAAUAGAAGCUGAAUUGGAAAAAAUCAGCAUUUCUUCCUUGGAAAAUGAUGAGGUUGAGAAUGAUUCAGAGUCAGAAACUGAGAGUGACAAUAGUGAUACUGAGUUAGUUGAAUUGCCAGAGUCAGUUCUUCACUGUAUCAAUGUCAUAAAGAACAAGAGUAAAACUGCAGAGACUCUCUUCCUUCAGGACUUAGAAGACACUGAUGUCUUCAGUGAGAACACAGAGCGUAUACAGCAAGGUUGUAUUUAUGGUACAGUUUCUAACAGUCAUAUGCAUUUGAGGAGGACUGGAUCAUCAGCUGAAUCAAAAGCAGAUUCUGAACAGUUAAUGAAGAUAUUAUCUGUAAUAGAAAAGGAAGAAUUUAUGAGAAGUCUAACUGAUUCUGCCAGGUCUGUUUCGGUUCCUGAGACAGUUCCUCUUGACACAUCCAUGGAUGAAUAUAUUUUACCAGAUGAUGCUGAUUUGAGUUUUGGAUACUUUGAAGUAGAAGAAAGAUGUAGAAAGUCUUUUGAAGCUUGGCAGGACAAACAAAAAGAACUCGAAAAAAAGGAUAAAGAAACACUCGACGCUCAGAGUGAUAGAGAAAAACAGAAAUUUCGAGAAGAUGAUGAAAAGAGACAUUGCUGGAUGAAACAGUUUGAAGUUGAAAAGGAAAAAUUAGAAACCCUUCAGAAGCAAGAUCAGGAUAAAAUGAAUGAUGAACUUCAUCAAGAAGAGAAAAUAUGGAAAGAAAAAUAUAGACAACAUGAGGAACUCAUUAGAAACUUGGAUUUACAAAUGGAGGAGGAAAGAACACGAUUAAGUGAGCUACAGGAAAGAGAAAAAGCACGUUUGCUAAAAUUGCAGCAUAAUGCAGCUGUAAAAAUCCAAGCUAAAUAUAGAGCAUUUGUAACUUACCGAAAAUAUAGCCCAAUCAUAAGAGAGCAAAUUGAAAAUAAGAAAAGGAAAGAACAGGAGUGGAAAGAGAAGGAAGCAAAGAUCCGACAGAAGGAGGAAGAGAGAAGAAAAAGAAUUGAAGAGGGGCGGAGGAUUGAGGAGGAGAGAAAGAAGAAAAUGCUCGAGGAAAGAAAGAGGCGGGAAAGGGAAUACGAAGAGAAAAAGAACAUCCUGAGACAAAAAAGAGAGGAACAACGAAACAAGGACAAAGUGAGACCAAGGGAAGAUGUCUACCAUCCAAUGGUCAUUACCUGUGCUUUAAAGAAGGAGGAGAGUCAUACCAAGCAGAUAGGUGUCACAAAUAUGUCAAAGGGUAAGGAUGCUAUAGCCGAUGAAUUAGCGAACACCAACUCAAAGGAGCAUGAAGAUGUUUGUCUGGUUCAGCAGUCAACCAAGAGAGAAAAUGUGCAUAAACAGCUUGCAUUGACAGAAUCAAUGGGAGUAACAUUGAAACCAAGCCAGGGAAUUUUGACAGAAUUAAAAAUGAAUGAAAAAAGUGAAAACUUACCAAAGAAACAAUAUUCAGAAAAAUUGGCUACCCAAGAAAUUAACUUUGAAAAUAUAGACCAAAAUAAUGAAUUGAAAAACUCAGACCUGAAGGAAAACGUCAAUGCACAGUGCCAGGGACAAGAACUAAAGCCUCAAACUCAAAAUAAGGAAAAUAUGGAACAUGCCACAAAGGAGAGUGUGAGACAAGAACUAAAGCCUCAAACUCAAAAUAAGGAAAAUGUAGAGCAUGCCACAAAGGAGAGUGGGAGACAAGAAACCCAAAUAAUGUCUGAAAACAUGCAAGAAAUGAGUGAAGAAGUCAAUAAUGAAGAACAGGAUAUCAUAACAGAUAAUCAAGAGAGAUUGGCUGAAAAGAUAGAAAAAACAGACACCACAGAGCAAGAUGGAUCUUUGAAUGAGGAGAAUUAUUCUUCAAAUAUUCCCGUGCAAAAAGACCCACUGUCACUAUUAUUAAAAAAUCCAGAACCUAUAGAAAGAAAUGUGAGGCUAGAAGACAACGAAAUUGAAUUAAAAUCAAAAAGAGUUGAGGAAAUUCUAAAAGACAAUGUGCCGACUUGCAAUUCUGUCGUCAGUACCUCAGAUGCCUUGGUGCAUACAGAAGACAAGACAAACCAGCAGGGUUCUGUCUCAAGAAAACUGGCUCCCACUGUAGAGUCUGGCAGUCACAGUGCUAAUAGCCCCUUGGACACUGAAGAAGGGGACUCUCCCAAAGUUGAGAGUAAAGAUGUUCCCAAGCAAUGGAAGCAAGCUAAGGCUGAAAACGACAGUGUCCUAGCCUGCUCUGUGUCACAGAUAACCAUUUUAUCUUCGGUUGAGGAAAGGAGAUUAGCUUGGAUGAAAUCAUUUAAACCUUGGUCUGAAAUCCUCGAACAAAAUCAACUCAAGAAAAUCAUUAAGAAAAAGAGACUAGUGAAGUGUCCCGCAGAUACAAUGCCUCCUUUGGAUACAUCUGCUAUCCUUCAGCAUGGCCCUUGGAAGACUUUACAGCAGGUCACAGCCAUUACAUUUCAGGAUUUGCCCGGCUGUAGCCUCUCUACACUGGCAGAGUGCACAAAUCUUCAGCUUCUGUCCCUCCGACGCUGUGGCUUAACUUCUCUGCAUGGCCUGAACCGCUGCAGAAACCUUAAAUACAUUGAUGCGCAGGAAAACCACAUUGAGACUAUCAAUUGUGAAAAUCUGGAAAAUCUCUGUGUCCUUCUUCUUAAUAAUAACCUGCUGACGUCUAUUCAUGGUUUGGAUGGAUGCACAAAUAUCCAAAACCUCGAACUUUCACAUAACAAAAUCACUCGAAUCAGUGGUUUAGAAUCUUUGAAAUCCCUUCAGCAACUAACUGUGGACCAUAAUCAGUUAAUCAGCACUAAAGGUCUUUGUGAAGCACCAACCAUCGUAUACUUGGAUUGUUCACAUAAUCAUCUUACUGAUGUUGACGGCAUCGAACAUUGUGGAUUGCUCCAAAUAGUAAAACUGCAGGGAAAUUACCUAAGAGAGCCUCCAUCCUUAAAAGAUCAUGUUCUGCUUAGAGAAUUGCAUUUGGAUGACAACAGCCUCUUAAGUGUGGAAGUACUUUCUUCGUGUUGGCUGCCUCUGCUGCAAGAUCUUAGUAUCGCUCAAAACAGUUUAACAACAAUUGUACCACUUUUUCAUUUUGUGUCUUUGGAAAACCUUGAUGUCAGCAACAAUUGCCUUUCUGAUCUUACAAGUGUCAUGUGUUGGUUCAAUGCAUGCUACUCUCUCCGUGAGCUUUGUCUCACUGGAAACCCAGUCCUUCAGGAAACAAGCUGGAGGCAUUCUAUACUUAAAGUAUUACCAGCUCUGAGAAUACUUAAUGGUGACGUGUUAAAUUCUCAGUCUGAUGUCCAUAUUGAGGAACACUACCAGCAAGACCUGGGAGGUUUCUUGGCACUUUGUCAGAACCAACUGGAAGAGUUCAACUUACUAACUGAAAAGUAUAUCACACAGAAAGGGGGCGUUCUCACUUUGCAUGCUGCAGACAAACUCUGUCACUACUAUAAGAACUUAAUGAAGCUCAGUCAGGAAUGCAGACAAGUACAUGAACAUGGGGACACAAAUAUUAUCAAGAAUCCUGAAGCAGAAACCGAUAAAAUCCAUCCAGCCCUUUCAAACACCAACAGCACACUGCAAAUCAUGGGCUUUCAUUCUCAGACAGACAAAUACAAGGCAGAUUCACCAGAUACUGCUGAAAACCUGAUGGACGAAUGCUCUAGACCUUCACCAGUAAACUGUGAGGAACCAGAAGGAAGAGGUCAGGAGCAAAAUAUGACAGAAAAGAAUGAACACGGCAGGAUGCAUAGUCCAUCCCCUGCAAGAGUCUCAUUCAUAGAAAUGAAGAUGGCAAACUCUCCAAUGAGUAAUCAUCAAAGUAGUGAACAUAGUGAAACAAGUAAGGCAGCUGUGUUAAUUCAAACCCAAUGGCGCAGUUACAUUGCACGCAGACAGAUUAAUUUUUCUGCAAAAAUGCAUUCUACCACAACAGAAGUUCUGCAAAAUCCCCCCAUCAAUAACCAGACUACUUCAAAUAAAGAAAGAAGAAAAAUUAUAAUGAAUGAUCAAGAACAGAGGGAGAAGGCUGCUCUUCAUAUUCAGGCAGUUUGGAAAGGCUUUAUUUUACGAAGGAAACUGGCGACAGCCCUGGAGGCUGUCAGGAAUGAAGAAUCUGGAGAAGAAUAUGAAGAAAUAGAUUUAGAGGAUUUUGAAUAUCAUGAGGAUGCCUCGGAUAAAGACUGGGCAGUUUCAGAUUCCGCCAGCUUCCCUUCACAAACACUGCCUCUCUCCAAUCAGCUGCCCUGGCCAAAGAAUUCUCAGACUUUGAAACACGCUGAAACCUCACUUGCUGUACCCACGCGUCCAGCUCAGGCGUGGCUGUGCAAUGAGAAAGAAAAUUUGUUUUCUUCAGAACACACACAGUUAAGUAGCAGAUCUGAAAGUCGAACUUUCUCCAGGACACCUGAAUCAAACACAAGUAGAAAGAGUUUACUGAAAUCUGAAAAAGAGGAGAAAAUUUCAGAAGAAUGGGGCUUUAAGGAUAUCUCUACAGCUCAGCAGAUGCUAAAGAGAGCACAGAAAAUGAAAUCAAAAAAAUUAAGGAAAAAGUUAGAACCCUCUGUGCGACUGGCAUUAUUCAAAAAACACAAAAAUGAAGUUCGUGUUACAAAGACAUCAAAGAGGUCACAGCUGAGGAGGGAUGGUUACUUUGAAGGUGAAGAGGAAGCCACCCUCUCCAAGCCGACCACUGUGGAUGAAAAGUUAGCAAAGAGUAAUGAGUACACCUACCAGUGGCUUCAUACCCAAGUGGGCUUUCCAGAAACAACUAGUUCCAGAACCCUGAAAUGCAAUCACUUCUUGCCUGAGUUAGAUCCAGAUGUACUCAAUGGUGGAAGAGUUCAACUUGUGGCAAGACUUGUAAGCAGAGAAGACACGGAUUUAGACCUUUUUUCCAUGACCAGUGGGAGUUCUUUGUCUGUGAACAGAGACAAAAAAAGCCAGGCACACAGAUACUCAUCGGGAUCCUCAAGUAAGCUAUGGUUUCCUUCAGAAUUAAUCUAGAAAUCACAGAUGAAUUGACGGAAGCUAAUGCCAGCGAGCAUUAUUUUACACAUAGAGGUUAGGGUACCAACCAUCAGUGCUGCCCAGAGACGUGCCUUUGGCCUCUUUUCUUCCAUUACACGGCUUCUUUGAUAUGGCCCAAAUUAAAUUAUUUCUAAAAUUAACAGCAUCAGUAUUUCUUUAAUUAUAUAAUGUCAGUCCAGG